AUCUGUUGAAGAGAAGACUAAAUAUGCUAUGUCUAUGGGUCUUGGUGGUAUGAUGAUGUGGAGCGUGGAAACCGAUGACUUUCAUGGUACAUGUGGUGAAAAAUAUCCACUUCUGUGCACCAUAAACAGGGUGUUAAGAGGAUAUAAUCCUUCUUUAACUUCUACUACUACGAAACAGUCUAAUACUAGUGCAGCAACUGUAACAAAACCUAUAUCAACUACAACACCGCCAUCAUCAUCAUCAUCAUCAUCACCGCCGGUUUCUGUAUGCACGCAUGAAGGCUAUAAAAGCGCAACUGCGGUCGCUUAUUGCAAACGAGGCCGCGGAAAUCUUCGAGUAAAUGGACGUCCGCUAGAAUUGGUUGAACCUCGAGUAUUACAAUACAAAUUACAAGAACCCAUUUUGUUGCUCGGCAAAGAAAAGUUCUCUGGAAUAGAUAUUAGAGUAAGAGUAAAUGGCGGUGGUCAUGUAGCCCAAAUAUAUGCUAUCCGCCAAGCUAUUUCUAAGGCUGUCGUUGCAUAUUAUCAGAAAUAGGUGAAAGAUAUUCUUAUUCAAUAUGAUCGCACACUUUUAGUUGCUGAUCCAAGGAGGUGUGAACCAAAGAAAUUUGGUGGUCCAGGUGCCAGAGCACGAUAUCAAAAAUCAUAUCGUAUAUUAGUAAAAAAAUGUUGCACGGUUCGUGACAUACACAUGCGCAUGUGUCCUGUGUUUAGUAGAUUACACGUAACUGAUUUGCACGUAGCGUGAAAGUUCAUUAUAACGUAAAAAUCAUAUUUUUUCAACAAUUUAAGUAGAAAGUAAUAAUAUAUGCAUAAAAAUGAAAACAAGAUUUAAUUCUUAUGACAUCGUUUGUAUGAUAAAUGAGCUACAAAAGCUCAUUGGUAUGCGUGUAAAUCAAAUUUAUGAUAUUGAUCAUCGAACAUAUCUCAUACGUUUUCAACGAGGUGAAGAAAAAUGUGUUCUUCUACUAGAAUCUGGUAAUAGAAUUCAUACAACAGCAUUUGAAUGGCCAAAAAAUGUAACACCAUCAGGAUUUUCGAUGAAAAUGCGUAAACAUCUUAAAAAUAAACGACUUGAGAGUCUUAAUCAAAUAGGUGUGGACCGAAUGAUUGAUUUGCAAUUUGGAAGUGGUGAUGCAGCAUAUCAUGUAAUUUUAGAAUUAUAUGAUCGUGGAAAUAUAGUAUUAACAGAUUACGAAAUGACUAUUUUAAAUAUUUUGAGGCCUCAUACAGAAGGAGAUAAGAUUAGGUUUGCUGUUAAAGAAAAAUAUCCGAUGGACCGUGCUCAUCAAAAUACAAUGCCAUCAAUAAAAAAUAUACAGGAACAUCUACAGAAUGCUAAAACAGGAGAAAAUUUAAAAAAAGUAUUAAAUCCACUUUUAGAAUUUGGAUCUACUGUAAUUGAUCACGUUUUAUUAAAAAAUGGAUUCACAGUGGGUUGUAAAAUUGGCAAAGACUUCAUUGUUGCAGAACAUAUGCCAAAAUUAUUUCUAGCAUUAGAACAUGCAAAUGAAAUGAUGGACCUUGCAAAAAAAAAUGUUUCUAAAGGAUACAUUAUUCAAAAAAAAGAACUAAAACCAACUGCAGAUAAUAAAGAAGAGUUUAUAUAUACUAAUAUUGAAUUUCAUCCAUUUUUAUUUGAACAGUAUAAAAAUUGUCCAUAUAAGGAAUUUGAUUCUUUUGAUGUUGCAGUAGAUGAAUAUUUUUCCACAAUGGAAGGUCAAAAAUUAGAUUUAAAAGCUUUGCAACAAGAACGAGAAGCUCUUAAAAAAUUAGAAAAUGUAAAAAAGGAUCAUGAUCAAAGGUUAAUGAAUUUAGAAAAAACUCAAGAAUUAGAUAAACAGAAAGCAGAACUAAUUUCUAGAAACCAAGUUUUGGUAGAUAAUGCCAUAUUAGCUAUACAAAGUGCUCUUGCAAACCAAAUGGCUUGGCCUGAUAUAAAAAUGCUAUUGAAAGAAGCAGAGAGUAGAGGAGAUCCUGUUGCAUCUGCAAUUAAAUUAUUAAAAUUAGAAGUAAAUCAUAUUUCUUUAUUGUUACACGAUCCUUAUCAAGAGAGUGAUGAGGAGUCAGAAUUAAAGCCUAUGUUAAUUGACAUUGAUCUAGCACAUACAGCUUUUGGGAAUGCUAGAAAGUAUUACACUCAAAAAAGAUCGGCAGCUAAAAAGCAACAAAAAACAAUAGAAUCGCAAGAUAAGGCUUUAAAAUCGGCAGAGAAAAAGACAAAACAAACAUUGAAAGAAGUACAAGCAAUUCACAGCAUUAAUAAACUAAGAAAAAUAUACUGGUUUGAAAAAUUUUAUUGGUUUAUUAGUUCUGAGAAUUACCUUGUUAUUGGUGGAAGGGAUCAACAGCAAAAUGAAUUGAUAGUAAAGAGAUACCUUAAGUCUGGAGAUAUAUAUGUUCAUGCGGAUUUAACUGGUGCUAGUUCUAUAGUUAUUAAGAAUCCGAAUAAUGGCCCAGUACCUCCAAAAACUUUAGCUGAAGCAGGCACAAUGGCUGUUGCCUACAGUAUUGCGUGGGAUGCUAAAAUAGUAGCAGGAGCAUGGUGGGUAAAUAACGAUCAAGUAUCUAAAACGGCUCCAGCUGGUGAAUAUCUCACUACUGGAUCCUUCAUGAUUCGGGGAAAAAAGAAUUAUCUACCACCUUGUCAAUUAGUCAUGGGAUUAGGAUUUUUAUUUCGUUUAGAAGAAAGUUCAAUCGAAAGACACAAAAACGAAAGGAAGGUCAAAAUCGUUGAUGAUGAAAGUGAGCACAUAGAUUCUCUUAUUGAAGAAGAUAGAGAAAUCGAAUUAAUAGAAGAUUCUGAAGAAGAUGAACAGCUUGAAAAUAAGAAUAACUUAAAUCCUAUUCAAGAAGAAUCUAAAGCAGAUUUAAUUAUGGAAAAAGAUAAAGUUAAUCAAGACGUUAGUGAUGAAGAAAAUAAUUUAUCUCAGUUUCCUGACACACAAAUUAGAAUUGAUGUUUCUGGUUCAAAAGUGAAAUUACAUAUUGACAAUAAUCGAUCAAGAGUAACACCAAAAGACGAUUUAGAUGUAAUUUAUUUAGGUGAUGAUAAACCCAUAAUAAUAAAUGCUGCAAAUAAACAAAAAAAUACUGAAGUAAAACAGAAACUUCUUCCUAAAAAAGAAAAUAAAGAAAAAACUGAGAUAGAACCUAAAAAAAAUGAUCAGGUUAUACUAAAACGAGGACAAAAAGGAAGAUUAAAAAAAAUGAAAGAAAAAUAUAAAGAUCAAGACGAAGAAGAUAGAAGAUUAUCUAUGCAAGUUCUUCAAUCAGCAGGUGCUGCAAGAGAAGAUAAAAAGAAAAAUAAAAAUAAAGAUCCAUCUGGACCAAAGCAACAAAUAAAAAAGAAAAAUACGACAAAACCAACUUCACUACCAAAAAAUACUCAAAUUGUAGAAAAUAUUGAGGAAGAUACAGGUCCAGGGCCUGAAGUAGAUAUGUUAGAUCAGUUAACAGGAAAACCUGUUGCAGAAGAUGAAUUACUAUUUGCUGUCCCGGUGAUAGCGCCCUAUAGUACUGUAUUGAAUUAUAAAUUUAAAGUAAAACUAACGCCAGGUACAGGUAGGAGAGGAAAAGCAGCUAAAACUGCUAUGGCUGUAUUUAUGAAAGAUAAAGAAAUCACUUCAAGAGAGAAAGACUUAUUAAAAGCUGUGAAAGAGGAAACAAUAGCUAGAAAUAUUCCUGGAAAAGUCAAAAUAAGUGCACCGCAGUACAGAAGCUUAAAAAAUAAGUAAUGAAUUAAAAAAAGUAACAAUCUUAAACAUUGUUAAUGACAAACACGUAUUUGUAUGUAUAUAGAAUAAUUUACUUGUACAGAAAUUAUGUAUCAAUAAAAUUUUUUAAAUAAUACUUCGUUUGUUGUAAAAAUCUGAAUAUCAUAUCAUUUUAAACGACUUAUGAAGUGUUCUUUAUUCUUACAUAAGUAUACCAGAUUAAUACUAUCAGCACAUUUUACACAUUUUAUACAAUUCUUUAUCAUGCAGUUAUAUCAAAAUAUUAUAUAUUGAUUUCUCUGAGUAAUACAAAUUGAUACAAUACCUUAUACAAAUUAUAAAAUGCACUCCUUUGCAUAUAUAAUAGUACUCCUUUUGCAUAAUUAACAUAUCAAUAGUUUCACAAAUUUUGCUAUAAAUACAGUAAUGUACAUAUUUAUCUAAACCAGAUCUCUAAUGCAUAAAAACGCAUUUGAAACGCAUACAUUUAUUUCACACUUAUGUUAAUUAUGUACUAAAUAUAUCUUCAUCAGAAGCACUUUCAUGGAUUAUUACAUUUUCCGAUAUAAUUUUUUUACCUUUAGGCGUUGUAUUUCGAAUAUUGAUGGGCCGUGAUUUAGUACCUUUUGAUAUAAUCUCUGGUUCAGAAUCUGAUUCACUGAUGCGAUUUUUGUUAAUUCUUUUCUUAGUUUUAAUUGGACUCUUUCUAGUUGGGCUUUUUUCAUCAUAUUUAUUUACAGAAUUGGCAACCUUUUUUGACUUUUUGACUAUUUUUAUAUCAUAUUCUUCAUCAGAUUCAAUUUCAUUUAAUGCUAAUUUAAUAUCGUUUACACCACCGCGUUUUUUGUCUAUUACAACUCCUACAGUACUAUCAUCAAGGCUACUUAUAGGAGUUAAAUUUUUUAUAGAUUUUAUGCGAGGACUUUUCCUACUUCUUUCAGUUAUCUUUUUUACUUUUUGGGAGCUAGAUUUUGGAAUUAUUUCCUUGUGAGAAUUAACAUCACUUUUAAAUUCCAACUUUCCAUCUGGUUUAUGCGAUAAUUGUUUUAAUCCUUCUAUUAAUAUCUUUUUAAAUUUUUCAUAGUCUGGUGUUUCAUUAAACUUUAUACUUGCUAGUAAAGUCAUAUAUUUAAGUAUGGUAUUAGGAACUGGCCCAUGAAAAGACUUAUUUAAAAAUUCUGGAAUAUUAUCAAAUGCUUCUUCUUUUUUCUUUUGUACAGCAACUGGAUCUGAUAAGUUUUUUUCCCAUAAAAGUGAACCACACAACCAUUGAAUCAUAUUAUAGCCCAAAAUUUCGAAAUCACCACGCAUCGUUGGCACUAAAAUAUGAGCAUCUCUACUAGUAUAUUCAAUGGUUCCAUUAUGUGCUUUCUUUGGGUCUAAUUUAUAUUCAUUUUUUGUGGUAUAAUGAGAAGCUAAUCCAAAAUCUACUAGAUAAACUUGAUUUUGAGAUUUUAGAUCUAAUAAUAAAUUUGAUCCUUUUAUAUCCGCAUGCACGUAUGUUUUAUAAUGAAUAUAUUCUAAUACAUUUAUCUAAAAAUUUUUAGAUAUAAUGUAGAAUGUAAUAGUUCAUUUAAAAAAUAAUUGUUACAAUGCUUAAAUGUAUUAAUAAACUAGUGAAUUAAACUGCUUUUGGAUUGCCUCUUACUGUUUGUAAAGCUACUUUGUAUACUGUGUGUUCUGGAAAUCUUCUAUUAUUUGCUUCAAAUAAUUUCCAUAAAUCUGUGCCAUACCGAUCCAUUACUACAAAUCGGUAUUUUACUUUCUUAUAUUCAUGACUACCAGAACCAAUGUAUCGAGGCAUACCAAGUGAUGUCAAUUUCUUUUUGUUUUUCCAACUAUCAACUAAAAUCAAUCACAUAUUUUUUCUUUUUCUGUACCAGUUUGUUAUGAAAUAUAAAGUAAGAUCAAAGAAAUAAAUCUACAUAUAAAAAUAAAUUAUAUUUAAACAUUAAAAUUGAAUUAGUUUAAUUAACUAUUAAAAUUUAACUAACUUACUUUCACUUGAUUUGGCAUUUCUCAUAUAAAAAUGCAUUUCUACAAACAACGGUCCAUUUCCAUAAUAAAUUUCACCAAAUCCUCCGACACCGAUCGAUGUUCCAAGGAUCCACUGUUGUUUUGCCAUAUCUGUUAAUAUUUCACCGGCAGAUAUUGGAUCUGGCAAUUUAUAUGCAUUUGCUGCCUUUUUCUUAGGUGCUCUUUUUACUACUUUAUCAGUCAUUAUGAGGUUAUCAAAAAAUAAAUAAAAUUACGUGAUGUUCACACAGGAAAUAAUACAGAGCUAACAACAAUUUUAAAUACUAUAUAAUAAUAUUUCAACAAAUUGAGAAAUUUAUGUUUAGGUAAAUACUUUAUGUUUCGGUAAGUACCGAGCAACAGCUUCUUGUGCAGACUGCUAUGAAUACAAA